AUGACUGAACAAAUUCGUUUUGACGGUCAAGUCGUCGUCGUCACAGGAGCAGGCGGUGGAUUAGGUAAAAGUUAUGCAACAUUUUUUGCCUCAAGGGGAGCCAGCGUCGUCGUGAACGACUUGGGCGGAUCGUUCAAGGGCGACGGCGGAGCUUCCUCAAGAGCUGCCGAUGUAGUGGUUGAGGAGAUCAAGGCUGCUGGCGGCAAGGCUGUUGCCAACUACAACAGUGUCACAGACGGUGAGAAGAUCAUUGAGACCGCCAUCAAUACCUUUGGCCGCAUCGAUGUCCUCAUCAACAACGCCGGUAUCCUCCGUGAUGUCAGCUUCAAGAACAUGAAGGACCAGGACUGGGACCUGAUCAUCGCCGUCCAUGUUAAGGGCUCAUACAAGUGCGCGAGGGCCGCAUGGCCGCAUUUCCGCAAGCAGAAGUACGGACGUGUUAUCAACACCGCCUCUGCUGCUGGUCUCUUCGGCUCCUUCGGCCAGACCAACUACUCCGCCGCCAAGCUUGCCCUGGUUGGCUUCACGGAGACCUUGGCCAAGGAGGGCGCCAAAUACAACAUCAAGGUCAAUGUUAUUGCGCCAAUUGCCGCAUCCCGCAUGACCGAGACCGUCAUGCCCCCGGACAUGCUCGCAAACCUCAAGCCGGAGUGGGUUGUGCCGCUCGUGGCCACCCUUGUGGACAAGGACGCCGAGGAGAGCGGUUCCAUCUUCGAGGUCGGCGGUGGACACGUCGCCAAGCUCCGCUGGGAGAGAUCCUCGGGAGCUCUCCUGAAGGCUGAUGAUUCCUACACCGCAGGUGCUCUGCUCGCCAAGUGGGACGACGUCAAUAACUUCAAGGAGGCCGAGUACCCGUCCGGCCCCGCCGAUUUCCUCAGCUUGUUGGACAAGUCUAUGAAGCUGCGUUCCGCCCCCAAGGCUGAGGCCCUCGACUUCAGCGGAAAGGUCGUCCUCAUCACCGGUGCCGGAGCUGGCAUUGGCCGCGCAUACGCCCUGGCAUUCGCCAAGCUGGGCGCUAAGCUCGUCAUCAACGACCUUGUCAACCCAGACACCGUCGUCCAAGAGAUCCAGAAGCUUGGCGGCACCGCCGUCGGUGUCAAGGCACCUUGCGAGAACGGUGAGGAGGUUGUCAAGGGCGCCAUUGACGCUUUCGGCCGCAUUGAUGUCAUCGUCAACAACGCUGGUAUCUUGAGGGACAAGGCUUUCGCCAACAUGGAUGAUAAGCUCUGGGACUCAGUCAUGGAUGUCCACCUCCGCGGUACCUACAAGGUCACCAAGGCCGCAUGGCCAUACUUCCUUAAGCAGAAGUACGGACGUGUCAUCAACACCACCUCCACCUCCGGUAUCUACGGAAACUUCGGCCAGGCCAACUACGCCGCUGCUAAAUGCGGUAUCCUUGGUUUCUCCCGUGCCCUUGCCCGUGAGGGUGCCAAGUACAACAUCUACGUCAACACCAUCGCCCCCAACGCCGGAACCGCCAUGACCCGCACCGUCAUGCCCGAGGAGAUGGUCCAGGCCUUCAAGCCCGACUAUAUAGCACCUCUCGUCGUCCUGCUCGCCAGCGACAAGACCCCCAACCCCAGCGGCGGCCUCUACGAGGUCGGCUCCGGCUGGGUCGGCAGCACCCGCUGGCAGCGUGCCGGCGGUGCCGGCUUCCCCGUCGACGUCGUCCUCACCCCUGAGGCCGUUCGCGCGCAGUGGACCCGCAUCACCGACUUCAACGACGGACGCGCAGACCACCCCGACAGCCCGGCUGAUGGCCUCAAAAGCAUCAUGGCCAACAUGGAUAACAAGUCUAGCAACAAGGUAUGAGCCUCUUCUAGGUCUUGUGUGAGCGCGCUGUUCGCGCGCGUGUGUCGUUCAUAUCUGUCAUUUACGACGCUUCAUGUACUGUACGAUAGCUAGACGCACUCAAUGUCAAAAUAAAUGUCAAACUUAUGAUCAGGCCACUAUCUAACAUUUUUCCUCGUAGAAAGCCAAGAAGCCCGCCC